GUAAAUACUCAGCUGAACUCGAUGCUCCCAUUCCAGCAUUGCAUCCUCCACCAAACAUUUAGGCACGUUCUGCUUCCUGAUACUUCUUCUCCUAUGAUAAAUUUAGACAGCUUGGAUCAUGUAUUACCAUCUGGUUUCUGACACAAGUCUCCUCCUAAGCAAAGGAUCUGCCUGUAGCAUUUGUAUGUGGAAAGAUGUGUUUCUAAUUCCUGCUUUCAAGGUCUCCUUGAGCACUGCCUUCUGGUAGUUAUUGGGCUUGUCCUCUGCAGCAUCUCCCAGUGGUCCAUGUCAGAUGAUAUGAGAGAGUCCUGUAGGACACCGUCUGAUGCUGACAGCGGAUCAGCUCUUCACUUAGCAUACAGCAGGACAGCCUUACUGGAUUCUUCUGGGAAGAACAAAAAGCAAACAUUAUCCAGCAGAAAAGAACUGGAGAACCAAUACUAUACACACAAGAGCUUUCACUCCAGCUACAAGGCAGCUUGGCUAUGCUCAGUUAAAGCAGCCACAGCUGGAAGACUGGGGAACUUCAAAACUUCUGCUUUAAUUGAAGCCUUUACAAAGACAAGUCAGCCUACGAGAAACAUCCAACCAGCUGCUCACCUGAUCCUGCUGCAGUGGUCAUGUUCCUGCCUAACCCAUUAGGAACAAAGCUGUAAGGGCUGGGUACUUUCUCUGUGGAUCCUGUUUAACAUUGUAUUCCACUCCAUCCUAUGUCUGUGCACAGCAGAAAGGCUCCAAACAAAAGAAGAGGAACAUGUAAGUACAAGACUCUCAGCCUACAUUGCUGUCUUGCCUAGUCCAUAUAAUCCCUGCGCUUUCCAAUGUUUUCUUUUCUUUUGGCACAUCAUCCAAGGCAGAUUCUGUGUUGUUUCAGGAAGAGAUGCCCCAUCUUGUUAUGCAGAGAUCGGUGCAUGCUGCAAUGUGGUCUGGAGACAAACAUUGGCACUGAUGCACACCUCAAACUCUCCUGCCUCAUUAGUGAGAUAAGGAGAAUAUAAACCAGCUUUCAUUUUUCUCCCUCUAUGUUAUUUUGUUGUUCUAAUGGUCUUCAUUAGUUUGGCCAGAUGGUUUUCCUCCUGUUGCCUGCUAAGGCCCAGUCCUGCAAACACUUAUGCUUUCUUCUACGAACAUGCGUUCAGCACAUGCAUGGGUCUUUGCAGAAUUGGAGCCUAAAUUUGUUUCUGUUUCUGAAUUCCAAGUUGGAUUUUGAUGCAACAGUUAUUUUAUAUAUUAAAAUAUCAGGUUUCUGCCCACACACAUAACGUAUGAUGUAUAACAGACCUUGCUAGGCAGCCAUUGGAAAAGACCACUUAAUCUGCUAUUUAUACAGAAGGAAGAGUUACUAUUCCUUGUUUUUCAGCUUUAAUUUAUACAUGACCAAACUGUGAAGGUGUUGCUCCUCAGAAGCUCCAUGAUGUACAUCUGGUUUCACAUGCUGUCAUUUUGCCCACAACCUAAAAUCAUAAGCUGAAACUCCACAGAGGCUAAUGAAAAUUAUUCCCCUUUGAGUUGCUUUAUUAAAACACAACCUCAAGAAAUAUUGGCAAGUCAGGAAAGCAACUUUAAUCCAAUACUUGUUAUCCUCUUCCACAGGUUUUAAAUCACUCUCUUUGCUCCCUACUUUAAGCAAAUACACCCUCAUUGUUUUCCUAGUCCUGCUAUGACCUUCUGGGAAUGUUUUCAUCAUGUAAAGCAACCUGCAGUUCCCUACUUUAUAAAUCUCAUUCAUUCCAAGUGUUAACACUAGCUAAUUCUCUGCUUUAGAAAGGAAAUCAUGUUUAUUUUUUUGAAGAGUCUGCUGGGAAGAGGAAUAUUUGCAUUUAAAAUAUUUUUUCCAUUUCAUAAAUUGUCUUGAGUUUUCUUCCCAGUGGGCAACAGAAGACUGUUUAUAUAAGUGAAGAGGGAAGCUUAUUUUCCCAUUACUUCCACAAAAGUAAGAUUAACAGCGAUAACUAUGCUAAUUAUUGCACUAACUGCACUUGGAAUGCACCUUACUGGCUGGAGAGGUAAUGCUUUUGGGUAAUAAUUAACUCCUUUUUUCCUCAAUUACCUUUUAUUAGGAGAGCAGAAGGUGUCAAAGUAAAACAGCUGCAUAUCUUCCAAGAAAAGCUUGUGUUUUCUGAAGGAAUUCCAGCGGAGGUGCUUUAUUAAGAGAACUAGGCAGGACAAACAUUAACAUGGCAAGCUCGGCUGUUCAGUUACUUGGCUUCUCUCUAAGCCUGCUCGGCCUAAUUGGGACAUUAAUUGCUACUAUUCUGCCACACUGGUGGCGCACGGCACACGUAGGCACCAAUAUUAUAACAGCUGUGGCCUAUAUGAAAGGGCUUUGGAUGGAGUGCGUCUGGCACAGCACCGGCAUCUACCAGUGCCAAGUCCACCGCUCCCAACUGGCGCUGCCCCGUGACCUCCAAGCUGCCCGUGCCAUGAUGGUAAUUUCCUGCGUCCUUUCCGCGCUGGCAUGUGUGAUUGCUGUCAUCGGUAUGAAGUGCACACAGUGUGCCAAGGGGACUUCUGCCAAAGCCUCCAUCGCCGUCUCCGGGGGGAUUGUUUUCAUCCUGGCCGGUCUCGUUUGCCUGGUACCUGUUUCUUGGACCACUAACGACGUCGUUAUGGAUUUCUACAACCCCAUGCUUCCUAGUGGGAUGAAGUACGAGAUCGGUCAAGCUCUUUACCUUGGCUUUGUCUCUGCAUCGUUGACAAUCCUCGGUGGGGCUCUGCUGUGCACAUCAAGCCAGUGUCAUGGGAAUGAGACACCUUACCAGGAGCAGCCCAGUGGCGUAAGAAGGACUGCUCCCUCCUACAGACCACCAACUGUCUACAAGGGAAACCAUGCUUCUUCCCUGACAUCUGCUUCCCAUAGUGGCUACAGAUUAAAUGACUACGUGUGAGUUCCCUAACAUUUGCCUGCGGGACACAGCUGCUUUAUAAUUUCUGUGCGUGGCAUAAAACAAAGCUAAGAUGACUUUUAAUUUAUAAGGGUUACGAUACAAAGUUUACCAUUGUUCGUUUCUUCCUUUCUUUCUGGAGAAGAAAGAAAGAAUGUGAACACAAAGCUGCUUGCUGCAAAACCAGGAAAAUAACUACAAUGGAGGCUGUGAUAUUCCAGAGACAGCACAUACCUGCCUACUUUUGGUUAGAGUUUUGCAGGCAGGCAGUUCAAGGGCAGUUUUGCUAAAAGUAAUGUUUUGGUUGGUAGUUUCUGCCCUGCAACGAGCAAUAAAGCAGAACUGGCCACAACUUGCUUGAACAGUGUUCCGACAAAGGACGCCGUUUUGCCUAAAAUAGAGAACUUUGUGACGAGACACAGUGACUUUCAGCAGUGAUUUCCUGCUCAGUUUCUCAUUUCCAUAAUGCAUGAAUGUUUCGUUAUGACAAGGUAUUAGUUUUGCUUUGACUUAACUUUUUUUAUACAGUCCCUUGAAAUAUGAAUUUCAAUAACAUUAUGACAGAUGUAUUUGACAGUAUGUUAUAGCAAAUAUUUUAAAUUAUACGACGAUGUUUUGACCCUAUCAAAAUAAAAUUUUAGCAC